UGAGUUGGUGAUUCAAAUGUGUGUAUAUAUAUGAAGAUAUCUGACCUCCUCAAUUACAACACACAACAACUUAGUUCCUACUUACUUGUACCACGUACUAAUACAGAAGCAUCAAUCUCACCUUUUCAAGCUCAAGAAAAUGGCUCAACUUGCCGCUCAGAGUCAGGGUGUUGAGAAAUACGGGCCUUAUGGGUGUCAGAAUGGGCAACCAUGGUCUAUGAUGCUUGAACCAUGUGAAAGUUUAUGUGAAUUAAUCAUAAAAACUGGUGCUGUUGUUGAUUCAAUUACGUUUGUCACCACAAAGUGUCGUCGAAAGUUUGGCGGUAAUGGCGGAAAUGCUGAACACAAGGUUACACUCCAAUGUGGCGAACAUGUAACCAAUAUAAGUGGGGCUAUUGGAGAAUGGCACAAAAAUGUUGACGUAACCAAGUUAAAGAUUCAUACUAACUUGUGUAAGGAUGGUUAUGGACCUUAUGGAGGUGGACCGUACACCAAGUAUUUGUAUGAUUUUAGCUCAGAAGUACCAUCAAAUGGCCGUGUUGUCGGAUUCUUCGGAACAUUGGAAAACAACUACGUUCAGUCCAUUGGACUCUACGUCAAAAAGGAGUGCUAAUGCUCUAAACUUCUUGCGGAUGUUGCUCAAGUCUUUGGCUACCUUAAAAGCCAUAUGCUUUCUGAAAAACUACAAUAGUCCGCAUGUACUACGUACUACCUAAUGUACUACUAAUAAUUUAUGUACUGCUUUAUUAAUAAGUUUCCACGAUGAUCAAUAUGUAUGUUCCGUGGAAUUUCUUUGCUUUCAAUAAGCCACAUAUCAUGUACACUACAAAGUGGCCUCUCUCCUCAAGUGUGGUUGUUUCUAAUCGCGAACAUGAGUGAGUGUGUUGCAUCUUGUAUCGUUUUCGGUUAUAAUAUAAUAUUAGCUUUUCUUUA